ACCUUCAGGGUACAUCUCACCCUACAGAAGCUCCUCAACCUCUUAGCCCUUUUGCCUCGGCUCCUCCUUCCAGACGUUUCUAAGGUUUAGUCCCGCAGCAAGAUGAGUUGUGAAAUCCGCAGAGACGUCGUGGAGCAGGAGCAGAGCGAAAACACUGAGGACAGAGUCGUGAGGAGGGACGGCGUGCUUCGCUCAGUACUCCGCGGCCUCUUCUGGCCUUUUGGGAUCGUGGUCCGCGCGUACCGCCGGUUCUGGUGGGUGCUGGGCUUCCGGCAGCCACAGGAGACCGUCCGCGUUAGCCCAGCGGUUUCCAGCCCUGCGCGGCACAGCCUCACAGGCCGCAAGCGGCUGCAUCGGGUCACUCGGCUGCUGCUGUCCAUCCUACCCCGCCGGGUGCAGGGCGCCCUGGGCUACCCGGUGUCGAGCAGCAUUGGGCGAACCCUGUCUCCAGAAAUCCGAGUCUCUCCUACUAAACCUUGUGGAAAGGGCAGCAAGCGAAAGCAGGAUGACUUGGAUGAGGAUGAAGAGGAGGAGCAUCAGACGUGGGUGGAGGCGCUCUCUCAGGAGCUUGCCGACGAAGGACCCGAGGAGGAUCCUGACUAUGAGCCUAGUACCAUAGAGACGGAGAGUGAAGAGUACCGUUCACACAACAACACAGAAAGUGACAUAGAGGUUCCUGGGAAGGGCAUCGUCAUUGAGGAUGUGAACACGGAUUUUGAUCGGUCUGCGCCGGCUGAGGUCUCCUGCCCUGCUGACUAAUAUGUCAUAUUGACAGUAUGUUAUGUUUCAGUGUUUUGUAUGUUUAUAUAUUCAAUAAAAUGUCCUUUUGCCUUGA